UGAGGGAGCGCAGCGCCACAGCUCCACCAGUCGCUGUCCAAGUCCUUAUUCAUUCUCUCUCCUCUUCCCGUUUCCUCCUCUAUCUUUAACUGGAUCGUCCCUGAUUUCCUAGACAUGUCUUUGGGACCUGUGUGUCCGUCGUCUGGACUCCAGCGUGUGUGCUUAUGUUGAUGGGAUCUAAAGGAUUUGUGCCUGUGUGUGUGUGUUUGAACAAUGUUGCGGGUCUUUAUCCUGUGUGCGGAGCGUCUUCAAACGCCAGAUGACGACAUCAGUGACGCCUACUGCAGUGUCACCUAUGAAGGAUCGAAGAAGAAGACCAAGGUUGUUAAGAACAACUCCAACCCGGUCUGGAAUGAGGGAUUUGAAUGGGAUCUGAAGGGGAUCCCUCUGGACUCUGGAGCAGAGAUUCACUGUGUGGUUAAAGACCAUGAGAAAAUGGGAAGAAAUAGGUUUCUGGGUGAAUGUCGGCUGGGUCUCAGAGACGUCCUCAACUCUCCCAACUUUGCAGCCAGCUUCACCGUCUCGCUGCUGGACACAAAGAGAAACAACACAGGGGCUACGCUGACCCUGCAGGUCUCCUACAUCCCUCCUCCAGGAUCGGCUCCAAUUUUCCAUCCUCCCCCACAGCAGGAUUCCCUUCCUCACAGCAACCCCAAUAUUGAGCUGGACACAGUUACAAUGAUUUCUCUGGAUACUCUGGGCGAGGAGGACACAGAGAGUAUGAUCAUGGUGGAGCCUGCAGAGGAACCAGGAGUUGACGACAGUCGCUCCAUGGUGAUUGUUGGCCCCCAGGGGCCUACUGGACAGGAGUCCCCCACCAACCAGACACCAAAGCGCUCCCCACCAGCCUACAACACUCAUGGAGGGCUGAGGAAGAGGAGGAGAGGAGCCAGCAGUCAGCCUAAACAGUUACCCAACAAACCUCAGGAUUUACAGGUUCGUGUACGGGUUAUCGAAGCGCGACAACUACCAGGAGUCAACAUCAAGCCUGUUGUGAAGGUAGCUGUAGCCGGACAGUCUAAGAGGACCCGCAUUAGAAAGGGAAACAACCCGGUCUUUGACGAGACGUUCUUCCUAAACUUCUAUGAGACGCCCUCAGACCUGUUCGACGAACCCAUCUUCAUCACUGUAUGUGACUCCCGCUCACUCAGAACCGACGCUGUAAUUGGUGAAUUUAAGUUGGAUAUCGGCACUGUAUAUAAUGAGCACAGACACUGCUUCUUGAGGAAAUGGCUGCUGCUAUGUGACCCCGACGAUCUCUCUGCUGGGGUCAGAGGUUACCUGAAGGUCAGCGUGUUUGUCCUGGCAGCUGGAGAUGAACCACCGGCUGAUAAACGGGAGUGUGUUGAGGAAAAAGAGGACAUAGAAGGAAACCUGCUGAGACCAGCUGGGCUCUCUCUUAGAGGAGCCAUCUUCACGCUGAGGAUAUUCAGAGCUGAAGAUCUGCCACAAAUGGACGAUGCCUUCAUGGACGGAAUGAGGCAGAUUUUCGGCUUUGAUUCCAACAGGAAGAAUUUGGUGGAUCCGAUGGUGGAGAUCCACUUUGCUGGAAAGACGGUCUAUACCAAGAUCCUGGAGAAAAACGCCAAUCCCCAGUGGAACCAAAGCCUGGCAAUGCCCAUUAGAUUUCCCUCCAUGUGUGAGAAGAUGAGGAUCCGAAUUGUGGAUUGGGACAGAGCAAGUCAUAACGACAUCAUCGGCACCACCCACCUUUGUAUGUCUAAGAUCUCGGCCCCUGGAGGAGAAAUCGAUGAUGACUUGACUCCUCGGACCAUCCACCCAGGCAUUGACGACAGUCUCGGUUUCCUGCCAACAUUCGGCCCCUGUUUUGUCAAUCUCUACGGGAGCCCCAGAGAGUUCAGCGCCUUCAAUGACCCCCACGAAGCUCUAAACCUUGGAAAAGGUGAAGGUGUGGCAUAUCGAGGCAGAGUUUUACUUGAACUGACCACAAAACUGACGGACAGGCCGGAGCACAGAACCGAAGACAUACCAUCAGACGACCUGCUGGUGGUAGAGAAGUUUCUCAGAAAGAGAAAGUUUUCUCUCUUUGUUGCCUUUUACUCCGCCACGCUGCUUCAGGACGUCGAUGACGCAAUUCAGUUUGAGGUCAGCAUCGGUAAUUAUGGCAACAAGUUUGACUACACCUGCCUCCCUCUGGCCUCCACCACACAGUUCAGCAGGGCUGUGUUUGAUGGUUGCCACUACUACUACCUCCCCUGGGGAAACAUUAAGCCGGUGGUGGUCCUGUCCUCAGAGUGGGAGGACAUUCGACCGAGGAUCGAGGCGCUCAACAUGCUGCUUGCAAUCACAGACAGACUGGAGGCUAACCUGCAGCAGGUGCAGCUGGCGGUCAAGGAUGGGAGUGACAUGGAGGACGUGGAGCUGCGAGUUGUCGAGCUGUUGGAUCAGCUCAUUGCAGACUGCAGCGAGGAGCUGCCCUCUCUCGACCAGUGGCAGUGCGCUACUCCUCUUGACCGCUCGCUGAGGCACGUCCGUAGCCUCCACCUGCAGCAGAUCACGGCGGCGGCUCUGGCCCUGAAGCACGGGCCAGAAACCGAGCUCUCCUCGGUGCUGGAGCAGGCGGAGGACUGGGCCAACAGGCUGAGGACCAUGGCGGAGGAGCCUCAGAACAGUCUUCCAGACAUUGUGAUCUGGAUGCUGCAGGGCGACCGCAGGGUGGCAUAUCACCGCAUCCAGGCACACACGGUCCUCUUCUCCCAGCAGCACUGUGGGAAGCAGUGCGGACAGCUGCAGAGCGUCUUACUCAAGAACCCGCAGGGCAGCGGCGGAGAAGCCAAACUCCCCGGUCAGCUGAGGGUGAAGGUGUGGUUCGGACUGGCUGCCGACACCAAGCACUUCAACCAGUUUGCAGAAGGAAAGCUGUCCGUCUUUGCUGAGACGUACGAGAACCAGACCCGGCUGGCUCUGGUGGGGAGCUGGGGAACGACGGGUCUGACCUACCCGAAGUUCAGCGACGUCACCGGGAGAGUGAAGCUGCCCAAAGAGAGCUUCAAACCCUCGCCUGGAUGGACCUGGGCCGGAGACUGGUUCAUCAGCCCUGAGAGGACACUGCUGUUUGACACGGACGCCGGUCACAUGACCUUCACAGAGGAGGUGUUCGAGAACCAGAUGAGGUUACCGGGCGGACAGUGGAUCGGCAUGCCUGAGGGAUACACUGACGUGAACGGGGAGAAAACUGUGCCGAAGGACGAAGUGGAGUGUCCUCCCGGGUGGGUGUGGGAUGAAGUGGAGUGGAGCGAAGAUCUCAACAGAGCUGUUGAUGAUCAAGGUUGGGAGUACGGCAUCACCAUUCCCCCGGACCGCCGUCCCAAGUCAUGGGUUCCUGCAGAGAAGAUGUACCACACCAACCGGAGGAGGCGGUGGAUACGGUUGAGACGGCGAGACCAGCUGAAGAUGGAGGCUCUCAGGAAGCAGCGUCCGGACGAUGCGGACAGGGAGGGCUGGGAAUACGCCUCGCUGUUCGGCUGGAACUUCCACCUGAAGCCCAGGAAGACGGACAGCUUCAGGAGGCGCAGGUGGAGGUGCCGCAUGGAGCCGCUGGAGAAGACUGGACCGGCUGCCAUCUUUGCUCUGGAAUGCUCCCUGAGCAGCAUAGAGGACAAGCACGACGACAAGUCGGUCACCACCACUUUUGGAGUGAACAGACCAACCAUUUCCUGCUUCUUUGACCGCGGCACCCGCUACCACCUGCGCUGCUACAUGUAUCAGGCCAGGGACCUGCUGGCGAUGGACAAAGACAGCUUCUCAGACCCCUACGCCAUCGUGUCCUUCCUCCAUCAGUCUCAGAGGACGGUGACCGUCCGUAACACCCUCAAUCCCACCUGGGAUCAGACGCUGAUCUUCUACGAGGUGGAGAUCUUUGGGGACCCCGACGUGACGACAGCCAGUCCUCCCAACAUCGUAGUGGAGCUUUAUGAUGAGGACUCAUAUGGAGCUGAUGAGUUCAUGGGCCGCUGCGUGUGCCAGCCCUCCUUGAGUCCCUCGCCCCGGCUCGCCUGGUUCCCGAUUCGCAGAGGGAGCUUGAGCGCCGGCGAGCUGCUGGCUGCCUUCGAACUCAUACGUAGAGAAAAGCCAGCAGUUCACCACCUUCCAGGACUAGAGGGUGACGUUUGCCUGUCAACACAUGUACUGGAUGAGUUGAUGUUUCCAGGAUUCCUCAAUGAAAACCUGCAGCAAUGGAGAAACCCCAGCAGCAUUUGCAUCAUCCCCGAGGAGUCAGACCUUCCCUACCCGCCCCCUCAGAGAGAGCCCAAUGUCUUCAUGGUUCCCAAAGGAAUCAAACCGGUUUUACAAAGAACGGCCAUCGAGAUCUUAGCAUGGGGCGUUCGAAACCUUAAGAGCUUCCAGCUGUCCAGCGUUACGUCUCCAAGCCUGCAGGUGGAGUGCGGAGGCACCAUGCUGCAGAGCUGCGUCAUCCGCAGUGUGAAGAAAAAGCCAAACUUUGACGUCAAUACGCUCAUCCUUGAUGUGAGACUUCCCAUUGAAGAGCUCUACAUGCCACCCAUCGUAAUCAAAGUCAUCGACAACCGCCAGUUUGGGAGGAAGCCGGUGGUCGGUCAGUGCACCAUCCGGUCGCUUGAGGAGUACCGACGCACGCAAGAGGAGGAGCGAGCAGAGGAUGACGAGGAGGAAGAGGACGGGUGGAGACGUGAGACACCCACAUUAACAUCUGGGGAAGUCUUCAUUGACAUUGAUGAUCAGGAGCCGCUUGUUCCAGACCAGUCUGCGGACGGAGCGAGCUCAGCUAUCAUUAACCUCUCAACCUCUAGCUCCAGCCUUCAUAUGUUACAGUGGGGCGAGGAGUCCAUGGACUGGUGGAGUAAAUACUACGCAUCCAUCGGAGAUAAAAACAAGUGUGGCACUUACCUGGAAAGAGGCCUGGACACUCUGAAGGUGUACGACCGGGAGUUGGAGAAGGCCGAGGAAUUCGAGGGUCUCUCUGAUUUCUGCCAAACGUUCAAACUGUACCGGGGGAAGACUCAGGAUGAAGGAGAAGACCCUUCAGUGGUGGGAGAGUUCAAGGGUAUGUUUAAGAUCUACCCGCUGCCAGACGACCCGUCAGCUCCUGCUCCUCCCAGGCAGUUCAGGAAGCUUCCCCCCAACGGCAUCGAGGACUGCUUGGUCCGGGUCUACGUCAUCCAGGCUCAAGGGCUGCAGCCCAAAGAUGCCAACGGCAAGUGUGACCCUUAUGUAAAGAUCGCUUUGGGGAAACGGACCGUCAGCGACCAUGAAAACUACAUCCCCUGCACGUUGGACCCUAUCUUUGGAAAGAUGUUUGAGCUCACCUGCUCCCUCCCUCUGGACAAGGACCUGCGGGUGAUGCUGUAUGACCACGACAUGCUCACCAAAGACGAGAAGAUCGGAGAGACCGUGAUUGACCUGGAGAACCGCUUCCUGUCCAAAUACGGAGCGACGUGCGGCCUGCCGCAGUCCUACUGCGUAUCAGGGGUAAACCAGUGGAGGGACCAGCUGACACCCAGGCAGCUGCUCUGCAGACUGUGUGAGCGACGAAACCUGAGGAAACCGGUGUAUGAGGAGGACGGCGUCCGGUUCAGAGGACAGAGAUACACGGCCGCAGACCUCGAAGGCAAAGACAUAUCCAAGCGUUACCUCGGUCCACUCAAGGAGCGGCUGUCCCUUCACAUCUUGAGGAAAAUGGGCCUGGUACCCGAACACGUGGAAACUAGACCACUUUACAGCCCCCUGCAGCCCGAGAUAGAGCAGGGACGACUGAUGAUGUGGGUGGACCUCUUCCCCAAGUCUCUGGGACCACCUGGACCACCAUUCAACGUCACGCCACGCAAGGCCAAGAAGUUCUUCUUGCGCUGCGUCAUCUGGAACACCAGCGACGUCAUCCUGGAUGAUGUCAGCGUCACCGGGGAAAAGAUGAGCGACAUCUAUGUCAAAGGCUGGCUCGACGGACACGAACACAACAAGCAGAAGACGGACGUCCACUACCGCUCCCUGGGCGGCGAGGGCAACUUUAACUACAGAUUCCUGUUUCCCUUCCUCUACUUACCAGCAGAGCAGCUGUGUGUCGUCGACAGGAAGGAACACUUCUGGAGCAUCGACAAAGCGGAAACCAAGCUGGCUCCUAAACUCACCAUUCAGAUCUGGGACAACGACAGGUUCUCCUUUGACGACUACCUCGGCCACGUGGCGAUGGACCUGAACCACAUGCUGCGUCCGGCCAAGUCUCCGGAGAAAUGCACCCUGCAGACGCUGGACCAGCCCACGGACAAGCUGGUGUCUCUGUUCGAGCAGAAGACGGUCAAAGGCUGGUGGCCCUGCACCUGCGAGAAAAACGGGGAGAAGAUCGUCGCUGGCAAGGUGGAGAUGUCUCUGGAGAUCGUGACGGAGCAGGAACACGAGGAGAGGCCAGCCGGGGUUGGCAGGGACGAGCCCAACAUGAACCCCCACCUGGAGGAGCCUCAGCGCCCCGAGACGUCCUUCCUGUGGUUCUCCUCCCCCUAUAAGACCCUCAAGUUCAUCGUCUGGAGGCGAUUCAAGUGGUUCAUCAUCCUUUUCAUCAUCCUCUUCCUCAUCUUCCUCUUCCUGGGUGUCUUCCUGUACUCCUUCCCGAACUACGCCGCCAUGAAGAUGGUUGGACCAUUUGGACCGACCAAGGCUAAAGAGCAGUUAUGAAGAAACACGAGGAAAGAAAAUGAGAACCAAAAGGACUUUAUUAGGAGGGGAAAAAAUAUUUUUGAAAGUGAAAUUCAUGCUUUUGUCUUCUGAGGCCUUUUCUGUCAUCCGGCUGAAACUGUGAGUGAUGAACCUGAACUCACAGAAGAGUUUAACCACGUGCCUCUGUUAUCGCAUCCGCUUCAAACAAAUGCACAUUUAUUUUAGUGGCACCAACAGCAGAUUCUCUGCUGAAAAAAAAAAAAAACAGACAUUUUCUGAGCAUCUGCAUGAUGAAAAGAGCAGCAAACCAAAGAGAUUUGUUUUUUUGAACCGCUUAAUGUUUCACAAAAA